AUGUUAGGUGGUCAAGAAGUUGCAAUCAAGAGGCUAAGUAGAGAUUCUCAACAAGGAACAAAAGAAUUUAGGAACGAAGUAAUUCUAAUUGCCAAAUUGCAACACAGAAACUUGGUUCGACUUCUUGGAUGCUGCAGUGAGGGAGAUGAAAAGCUCCUGAUAUACGAGUAUCUGCCAAAUAAGAGCUUAGAUGCUACCCUUUUUGAUGACUCGAGAAAAUUGCUGUUGGAUUGGUUGACACGGUUUCGUAUAAUCAAAGGGAUUGCAAAGGGACUUCGAUAUCUUCAUGAAGACUCAAGGUUCACCAUAAUUCAUAGAGACCUCAAAGCUGCAAAUGUUUUGUUAGAUGCAGAUUUUAAACCCAAGAUAGCGGAUUUUGGUAUGGCGAGGAUCUUUGGCGAUAACUUGGAAAAUGCGAAUACCCAACACCUUGUUGGAACAUAUGGUUACAUGGCUCCUGAGUAUGCAAUGGAGGGUGUCUUCUCUACCAAGUCUGACGUCUACAGUUUUGGCGUGUUACUACUGGAGGUUGUAACUGGUAUAAGGAGAAACUCCAUUAGUGAAACCAUGGGAUUCCCUAGCCUCACAGUAUAUUCAUGGAAUAUGUGGAAGGAAGAUAGGACCAAUGAGCUGACGGACUCAUCUAUCUUAGAUACUUCACCAGAUGAAAUUCUGCUUUGCAUCCAUGUAGCACUCUUGUGUGUUCAGGAGAACCCCGAUGAUAGGCCGCUCAUGUCAUCUGUUGUGUUUGUCCUAGAGAACGGGACGGGGAGCACCCCACUUACAUCCCCCAAUCUCCCGGCCUACUUUGCGAGACAAAGUGCUGCAACAAAUCAGAUCAGAACUGACAUUCCGACAUCCGUGAACAGCUUUACUCUUACUGAGAUAGAGGGACGAUGA